AGCAUAAAAAAUAAAUUCCUAACGAUCAAAUGAUCAAGAAUCUGACAAUGGAUACCGGAUUGCUUAGAUUUUUUUCAUUGUCAAAGCUUUCUAUAAUUAGAGAAUCUCCAAUCUCCAUCAUCCAUUUCUUAGCAGCAACUGCUUUAUUCAUUGCACUUGUAAUCUGUUUCACUAUCAGAAAAUCAUGGUCCCAUUCUGUCUAUCUGGUUGACUUUUGUUGUUAUUUGCCUCCCGAUUGUUUGCGAGCUCCACAUGCCCAUUUCAUUGAACAGCUUGAAAGAAGCGAUUUUUUUGACACAGACGGUAUCGAUUUCCAGGUGAAAGUACUUGAAAGAUCAGGCAUUGGAGUUGAGGCCAGCGCGCCUCUUGCAUUGCAUGAGCUCCCACCUGAUCCUUCUUAUAACAAAGCUCGUCAUGAAACUGAGGAGGUUCUGUUCACAAUCGUCAAGGACCUUCUUUCUAAUAACAACGUAAAUCCCCAAAGUAUCGACAUUCUCGUUUCCAACUGCAGUCUCUUCUGCCCAACACCGUCCAUCACGUCUAUGAUCGUAAACAAGUUCGGAUUCAGGAGCGAUAUAAAGGCUGUUAGCCUCAGUGGAAUGGGCUGCAGUGCUGGAAUGCUAUCAAUAAGUCUGGUUAAAGAUCUUAUGAAAGUUCACAAAAACUCGGUAGCUUUGGUUCUCAGCAUGGAAGCGGCAACUCCCAAUGGUUACAGAGGUAACGUCAAGUCCAUGCUUAUUGCCAACGUUUUGUUUCGAAUGGGAGGAGCGGCUAUUUUGCUUUCCAACAGGGAGCAAGACAAGCCAAAGGCCAAGUACAGACUCCAGAACCUUGUCCGAACCCACUUAGGGUCCAACGACCAAGCAUACCAGUCUGUGUUCCAACAACCUGACAAAGAUGGUCAUGUCGGGGUGUCUUUAUCACGGGCGCUUCUACAUGUUGCAGCCAAUGCUCUGAGGAUAAACAUAUCCGAGUUAGGCCCUCGUGUCCUGCCGUACUCCGAGCAGCUGCAGUAUGGGUGGUCUGUGAUCAGGCAGAAAAUAUGGCCUUCAGCAGGCCGGAAGGGAAUUUAUGUUCCAAAUUUCAAAAGGGCUUUUGAGCAUUUCUGUAUACAUGCAGGUGGAAAAGCUGUCAUUGAUGCCAUACAGGAUAAUCUCGGGUUGAGCAGGGAAGAAGGAGAAGCAUCAAGAAUGACAUUAUAUAGGUUCGGCAACACUUCGUCUUCUUCGGUCUGGUAUGAGCUCUGCUAUCUGGAGGCAAAAGGAAGGGUGAAGAAGGGAGACCGAGUUUGGCAAAUUGCAUUCGGAAGUGGCUUCAAGUGUAAUAGUGCAGUUUGGAAAUGCAUUUCAGAUCUUGAUCCCGAAGUUAUAAGAAAUGCAUGGUCGGACAGAAUCCAUUUGUAUCCUGUUGAGAUCCCUGAAGUGUUUGACCAUUAACCAUCAUAGCAUAUCUCUUCUUCCAUGUAUCCUGAUUCUCAUAUAUUAUGGACAGUGAAAUUAGUAUUUAAUCUAGCAUUUGGGAAGAAUGGUGAUAGAGGGCCCGAUAUCAAAUCCUUCAAGGAGAUUCA